AUGGAAUCGGCCCCACGAGUUGAACCUCCGCCACCGCCGCCAGUUCCCAGUUUUACUCGUCAAAUAUCAAUUCCUGUCAAUGAAAGUGGCCUGAAUAACGACCCGUCGAAAAUAGCAAAAGCGGCGAUUGAAGCUAGAGAAACAGGCAUCUUGAACCUUUCAAAUUGCGGCCUGAGAAAGUUUCCAAUCGGCGUGAUUAAACUGGCCGGACCAGAAGUGAAAAGAAUCAACUUGUCUGGGAACCAGCUAGAAUCGCUCCCGACCGAUUUCAAGAAAUAUUCAAAGCUGGAGCAUUUGAAUUUGGAACGAAACCUGUUUUCGCGCUUUCCCGUAGCGAUGGUGGAGCUGCCCGAUUUGAAAGUCAUCAAUUUGUCGAACAACUGCUUCGAAGAAUUGUCAGCUGAGCAUUUGGACCGAUUCAGUGGAAAUGCAAUCGUCGAUUUGAGAAUCAACAAACUUACUGCAGAAGCGCAGGCGUUGGCUUCAAACUACUCUUUUAUUCAGUUCUAG